AUGGUGCCGCCACCCACGACGACUGCAUCUUCGCCCGUAGAUGACCGCAGCCAAGUCGAGGCUGACAACGAACACAGCGGCACCAACAUGCAGGACAUCGGCCGUGCAGGCCACAGCGGCGGUCGACGAGCGCCAUCGCCCCUAUCCUACGUCGGACGAGACUCGCCCCCCCCGCCGUUGACCUUCCACAAUCAGGUGAUGGUCGAUCCCUUCCAAUCACCACUACCAAGCGGACUCGACUCGCCCUCCCCGCCCUUGACCUUCCACAAUCAAGUGAUGGUCGAUCCCUUCGAAUCACCACUACCAAGCGGAGUCGACUCCUUGCGCUACUCGGCGUCUCUGGGCAUAAGUGGCCCGUGGUUUGAUUCUGAGGCGGACAGUAACACCCAACUCGAGGCAUACAGGAUUCGUCACUUUCUGCAGACAUCUUUCCAUACUGAGCCAACGCCGCUCUCUCCCACCCCUAUGAGUGCGGAUCUGUACACACACAGCGCAUAUCUGUUUCCGCCACCGCCCCGUUCCCGAAUCGAGUCGUCGUUGGUAGGUAGUGGUUCACUGGCGGAGGCGCAGCUAUACGGUCGUCGUCCCCAGCUCGAUUCCUCGUCAUUUGACAAUUCACAGCCCGCAGAAAGGGCUCUGCCCUCUGUGGCUUCACCCGCGAACCGCCAGGUGCAGCAACAAAUCACCCGAUCCUCACACAUCUGGCCAUUUACCUCCCCACAGUCCGAAGACAGGGCUCCGAUCUCUGCAGCUUCGCCCUCAGACCUCUCGCGGUGGCAAGCCUUCCAUCGAACCUCACACACAGGUCAGGCCGCCAAUGCAGCUAGUCCAGAAGAAAGUCUUGCCCAGGCCACUCAGCACCAGCUUACACCACAGCAAGACCAUCACCGCUCUUAUCAUGACCCUCUGGACCAUCCUGGACCUGCCACUGCAGCACAGUUGAUGAGCAAACCCGCCUUCAUCGCUGCACUUCAGCCUGUCGACAUGGAACCAGGCGACAUGUGUCCAAUUUGCUACAACGCAUACGAAGAUGCAGUCAAGCUCUCGUGUGGUCACACGUACUGUGAUGGAUGUAUUAAGACUUGGUGUAUGGACAAGGACACGUGCCCCAUGGAUCGUAGCGUUCUGUUUCAGGAACCUUUAUCGCCACCACGCUAUGCUUCUAUGCGGCGAUCUCACGAACUUCGGUCAGCUGCGCGACGAGAUGCACGGAGGUCCGCAAGUCCCUCCACUCGAGUCUCCAAUGCACAACCAGCACAUCGUGCAUCCCGACGAGCCACACGCUACGCUUCUGACCACCGUACUGGAUCUCCGAUCCGUACUGAGGUUACUGCCAUCUCAGUGACAAUGGAUGAGGAUCGCGAGGAUAUGGCAUACACGGACCUUGUCCUGGGACCGGAUCUCACGAGUGAUGAGCUUAGCAGGGCACCACUCGUUGAAGCCGUCCGACCAGACAUGUUGAGCCAUCAGAGGGAGGCUCGAGAAGAGAGUGUCAAUAUGUGGCGUCAGGUGCUCGCGCCUGACACCUUUCAUCACUGA